AUGGCAGUUAUAUCUCUUCCCCCCGGUUUCCAGAUCGCGCCGGUUCCAUUCUUUGGGGAAGUGCCUGCGCCUGAACCACGAUCGCGGCUGGGUGUGUUGGAGAACUUCAAUGGAAGCUUUACUGGGUCAGGCUUCAACUCAAUCUUCCGCCCGCAUAGUGGACCCAAUACAAAAUUUCCACGUGAUAACAUCUUGGAGCUGAAUCUGAUAGAUGACUCCAUAACGUUCUCCGAAGAUUUUGGCGCCGUGCCUAACCGCGGGCUUAUGUCGCAGAGCAACAUCUUUCUCAAUGGUAUAUCUUAUGUACAGGCUGUUAACGCUGUGACAAACGAGGAAACUGGGAAGGCUGAUCAUUCUCCCAUUGGCAUUCACUUCGAGACUGGAUUGUGGAUGAACGUCCCGCCCACGAACAAUACUCCAGUUCUUGGUGAAUCCCUCGUGCGCAUGGGGUCCAUUCCACAUGGCACAACUAUCAAUGCUCAAUGCCUGGCGCCUACAUCGAAUUCCUCAGGUCCACCCGAGCUCCCACCAGCGAGUUUGGCGGUAUUCCCCUCACAGGGUGGUGGUAGCGCAGUGCCGAUUGAUAGCGUAAACGCCUCGGUUGUCUCUUCUCUUCGACGCCCACAGGAUCUCUCGAAAUUCAUUGCUGCUGGCACCAUCACCCAAGAGAUACUAGAUGACCCGAACACCGUUUUGCGCAACGCCAUCAAAGGACAGACUAUUCUCCACAACAUCGCCUUUACCGUGUCCACGACGCCUCCGCCUCCGGUGUUCGGGGGUGGAACAGCGAACAUUGCAUUCUUAGAAGGCGACCCUGCCAUCACGAAUCCAAAUGCUAAUGCAAUCCAAAUGAAUGCUACCUUCUGGAUCGAAACGGUGCAACAUAAGCUCCAAGUUCCAAUCUUCAAGCGCGGACAAGCCCCGAUGAAAAUCUCCCCAGCUUCACCAGCACACCAACGCGUGCCGGUAUACCUCGUGAACCCACCCCAUGAUAUCACUGUCCCCAAGACAAUCACUGUCACUUCGAUACAGAUCCAGUACUCUCAAGUGGUUAAUUUGGUAUUCGAUGGGUUGAUCUGGCCGCAUAUAUCAGUAUCGACGCUGAUUCCAUCGGACCCAGUAACAGUACCAGACUCGGUCUGGAAUUGA